AUGCUCUCUCUCCGCCUCAUAGGGACCCUGCUAUGCGCUGUGGUCCCUCAAGUUGUUCAGUCAAUUUCUCCCAAACCCCUCUCCGCCUCAGGCCGUUGGAUCGUCGAUUCUGAUGGAAACAAUGUGACAUAUGCCGGCGUUAACUGGCCUGGCGCUGCAGACACCAUGUUGCCAGAGGGACUCCAGUACACGUCCAUCGAGGAUAUUGUCAGCAAGAUCAAGGAUCUCGAGAUGAACUCGAUCUGUCUCACUUUCGCAAUGGAAAUGGUAGGCGACAUUUUCGAGAAUGGAGCGGAUGUGCUUAUCAAGAGCUCUCUCAUCAAUGCUUUGGGCGAAAAGAAUGGCUCUCCAGUUUUCCAACAGAUCAUCCAUCAUAAUCCGCAGUUUGGGAUAAAUACCACUCGGUUGCAGGUCUUCAAUGCGGUUGCCCAUGAAUGCUAUCGCCAAGGGAUCUAUGUGCACCUGGACAAUCACGUCUCCAAGGCCAAAUGGUGCCGCUCCACGACGGAUGGGAACUCGUGGUUUGGAGACGAGUACUUCGACGUGGACAAGUGGCACCGAGGGUGGAGAUACAUGGCUUAA